GGGUGGGCGCCGACGCCCCUCGGCGCGGCUCGGCACCGGGCCCCGCAGGAAGCGCGCGCUGAUUGACAGCUGCGCUGUCCCAAAAAGGCUCCGCGAAGAUGCUGCUUCGCGGGUGGGUCUAGACGCGCGGCCGGCGCGCCCGGUGCCCGCUCCCCUCUGCGCGCCUCCCGAGCCCGCCGUCUCCCCGGCGGCCGAGGAGCGGGGCCCAGGCUCCCGCCCGCGCGCCAGUUCCUGCGGCCCUGGCCGGCAGGCGCUCUCCCCGGCUCACCAUGCAUUGCCACGCGGAGCUGCGGCUGAGCUCGCCCGGCCAGCUCAAAGCAGCCAGGCGGCGCUACAAGACUUUCAUGAUUGACGAGAUCCUUUCCAAGGAGACCUGCGAUUACUUUGAGAAACUUUCCCUCUACUCCGUGUGCCCGUCGCUGAUCGUGCGACCCAAGCCCCUGCAUUCCUGUACCGGCCCUGCUUCCCUUCGGGCAUACCCUCUCCUCUCAGUGAUCACCCGGCAGCCCGCGGUCAUCUCCCACCUGGUCCCCGCCCCCCCGGGAGCUGCCCAGGCCUUGUCCUGCCACCCGGCCUCCGAGGCCUCUUCCAAUGAGGCCCCAGGGGGUGAGGCUUUGGGCAGCAGCGAGUCGGAGACGGAGCAGCCCACGCCGAGGCAGAAGAAGCCCCGCCGGAGCCGUACCAUCUUCACCGAGCUGCAGCUCAUGGGCCUGGAGAAGAAGUUCCAGAAGCAGAAGUACUUGUCCACCCCGGACAGGUUGGACUUGGCCCAGUCUCUGGGACUCACUCAACUGCAGGUGAAGACUUGGUAUCAGAACCGCAGAAUGAAGUGGAAGAAAAUGGUUCUUAAAGGUGGACAGGAAGCACCUACAAAACCCAAAGGUCGUCCCAAGAAGAACUCCAUCCCCACAUCAGAAGAGAUUGAAGCUGAAGAGAAAAUGCACAGCCAGGCCCAGAGCCAGGAGCGCCUUGCACCCUCCCAGGGACAGGAAGAGCUCUGUGACCCACAGGAAUUGGAAGCAUGCGAUGUCUCUGUAGAGGUGGCAGAGCCCCCCGGCCAGCCCCAGGAGUUGCCAGUAGCCUCUUCGGAACCCCCACCAUCAAGCUAAAAUAAAAACUCAAUUGGGGGAAGGGGAAGAUGGGGAGGAAUGGAAAGAGGGAAGUCAGGGAGAAUAGAGAGAGAUACGCUCCCCAAAGCCUGGUAAACUUGGCGAGAAGAGAUCCACGUCUCCCAGCCCCCACGGGUCUCAGUGGUUUUCAUCACAAGCAUUUGAUGAAGACCAGCUUGCCUUAGGCCUUUCUCUUCCUGAAAGGCCGUUUUAGCCACGGGAUGCCCUUGAUGAAGGGAGACAGUGCCUUGGAACUGCCUGCCCCUGCUGGGGCGAGGGCUGCAGGGCUGGGUUACCAGAGCCCACCCCGGGGCUGGCACGGUGGGGGGCUGCCCCGGCUCUCUCCCUCCAGCCCCUGCACAGCCCGUCAUCAAAGCAGAGAGAUCAUGGUGGAGCCCGGGCCGCAAGCCUGGCCUCCUUGCUAACUCAGCACUUAUUUCUGUCGUUUUAAAAGAGAAUUUAAUGUUUUUGGUUGU